UACACCCUGUGAAGCUUAGGUCAUGUCUCUGUUCUCUGGGAGAGUUCUUUUGGCUGCUGAUCUCUCCAUUCCCCCGUUCUGUGUUAUUAUCUCUCGCAACUGAAGGCCUAGCCUGAGUGCCCCAAACCAUCUGGGAGCCUAGAGUCUGGUUGAUUGGAUCACUGUGCAGAUACACAAUUGAGGAAGUAAAACGUUUGGUUUUAGGGUUAUUCGUGUGACUCUGGAAAGGACUCCAAGCCUCACCAAUUGUCCUUACAAAUAUGCACACGUUUGUUUGUGGAAGGAUUUUUACUAGUGGCUUGAAGGGAAAAGGGUCGCUGGCACACACACAGUAUUCAACAAGAUCCUCUGCAAACAUCAAUUCUGAAUAAAGGGCAUUUCUUUCGCUACGGUUAUAGGUACUUCUGAGAGUUGUAAAUCCAUGCCAGGCUCCAGAAUCCAUGCCUUCCAAGGGCUGGAAACAUUGUAUUUAACAACAAAGAACCAGUAAGCAUGACAGAGAGUCAAGGCACAUGGAGUCCUCCUUCACAGUUUAUGAUGCAGUAAAGAACUUUAAGAUGGAGACCUGAGAUUGCAAACUGAGGGCCAGCAGGCUAAAUCCGGACCAUGGGUGUGUUUUGUUUGGCUUGUGCUGGCGUGAGUCUUCUCAAUGUCAAAGAGAAGGGGAGGGGGUGGAAAGGGACAAAGAGGCUGAGCGGAUAAAUGUGAGAAUUUCCUUUCGUGUAAAAAGAUAAAUUUCCAAUCUUCUUUGUGAAGCCAGAAGAUCUGCCAAUACUGGGUCCUUAUUCCUAUACCUCUUCCUGCUGAUGGCUGGCUACAGCCAACAACAGCUACUCUUCUUAGUACAGGAGUGGAUAGAUGCUCUCUGGUUACCCAGCUCCCUCCCAGUUCGCUUCUCUCACCAUUUGAGAUGGUUGCUUCGAUCAAGCAUCAUCAGCGUUGGAAAGAAGCCACGGAAACUUGGAACAACACGGAAACUGGCCCAUUUGUGUAUCAAGCGAGGUGACCCCGGUUUAGGCCGCAGAGGUGGCAUUAAGGCGACAAGAAGUUGUCAGAUUUAGGGUCUACAGAAUUUUGAACCCAAUGGUAUUGGAGGGUGGGAUUAACUGGAGAAGAUUUAAAAAUAGUUCCAACUUAUUUAGCAAGAAAACAACACAACCAGUUUCGAACACUUUAAAAAAUAGACACAGAAUUAUUUAAAAGCUUUCCCUUGCUGUGCAAAUCGGGUGCCCUAGUACAGAUAUCAUAUUUCUGGGAAUGCUGACCCUUUGGGGAAUUAGGAGGGAAAGAGGAGCCAGACGGCCCGAUUAUUACGGCGUUAGUCUGUGGACAGGCUGUGCACCUCCACGCCUCCACUUGCACCCAAGACACUCCCUGCUUCCAGAUGUGGGGCGGUGUCCCUUAGACAGCUGGGAUUGUAUCCUGAGAAAUGGACGAUCUCUCCUGAGCUCCGGGUUAGCACGGUCUCCUUCUGCAGAGCAUUUUUCCUUCGGGCGCCACGGUCUGGCUGCAUCUAGCAAGCUGUAUGAUAGUUAGGAUUUAUAUCGCACGUCAACGUAAGAGGCGAAGUUGUAGCUGAAGACACCUUUCAACGCUUUCUAUAGGCGAGAGCGGUCCCCCGUUGUCCACGGCGAGGACAACUGUUUGGUUAGAAGGCGGGUCAGUUCCGUGGGUGCAGCGCCUGGAGCCCAGUGCCACGCUCAGGCCGGUCGUGCACCGACAGGGACUUGAAAGAAGCGUAUGGCACCUGUAAAGUUAAAUGUCACUCCUUGUCGCCACUUGGACCUUCUGCUUGAGACCUGCAUGUGACUUUCCAUCUGUGAUCUUGGCUUCUCAUAUCUACUGACUUUGAUUACAGAAAAGUCUCUGAAGAUUCAUAUCAAAUGACGUCAAUGGCCAGCUUGUUUUCUUUCACUAGUCCAGCCGUGAAGCGAUUGUUGGGCUGGAAACAAGGUGAUGAGGAAGAAAAAUGGGCAGAAAAGGCAGUCGAUGCUUUAGUGAAAAAGCUGAAGAAGAAGAAGGGCGCCAUGGAGGAGUUGGAGAAAGCCUUGAGUAGCCCAGGACAGCCAAGCAAAUGUGUCACUAUCCCCAGGUCCUUGGAUGGACGCCUGCAAGUUUCUCACAGAAAAGGCUUACCCCAUGUCAUAUAUUGCCGUGUUUGGCGCUGGCCAGAUUUGCAGAGUCAUCAUGAGCUAAAGCCAUUGGAUAUUUGUGAAUUUCCUUUUGGAUCUAAGCAAAAGGAAGUCUGUAUCAAUCCAUACCACUAUAAGAGAGUGGAAAGUCCAGUCUUACCUCCAGUGUUAGUGCCUCGCCACAAUGAAUUCAAUCCGCAGCAUAGCCUUCUGGUUCAGUUUAGGAACCUGAGCCACAAUGAACCGCACAUGCCACACAACGCCACGUUUCCGGAUUCCUUCCAGCAGCCCAACAGCACCCCUUUCCCCUUGUCUCCUAACAGCCCCUACCCCCCUUCCCCCGCCAGCAGCACAUACCCCAGCUCCCCAGCAAGCUCUGCACCAGGAAGCCCAUUUCAGCUCCCAGCGGAUACACCUCCUCCUGCCUAUAUGCCCCCCGAGGAUCAGAUGGGACAGGAUAACUCCCAGCCCAUGGACACAAGCAGUGCCGUCAUCCCUCAGAUCAUGCCCAGCAUAUCCAGCAGAGAUGUUCAGCCUGUUGCCUAUGAAGAGCCCAAACACUGGUGUUCAAUUGUCUACUAUGAACUGAACAACCGUGUAGGGGAAGCUUUCCAUGCAUCUUCUACUAGUGUGUUAGUAGAUGGAUUCACAGACCCUUCGAAUAACAAAAGUCGGUUCUGCUUGGGAUUGCUGUCAAAUGUGAACCGUAAUUCAACCAUUGAAAACACUAGGCGGCAUAUUGGAAAAGGUGUUCAUCUGUACUACGUUGGUGGGGAGGUGUAUGCCGAGUGUCUUAGUGACAGCAGCAUCUUUGUUCAGAGUAGAAAUUGCAACUUCCACCAUGGCUUCCACCCCACCACUGUCUGUAAGAUUCCCAGCAGCUGCAGCCUCAAGAUUUUUAACAAUCAGGAAUUUGCCCAGCUUCUGGCUCAGUCUGUCAACCAUGGGUUUGAGGCUGUGUAUGAGCUCACCAAGAUGUGCACCAUUCGAAUGAGUUUUGUCAAGGGCUGGGGAGCAGAGUACCAUCGCCAGGAUGUUACUAGCACUCCAUGCUGGAUUGAGAUUCACCUCCAUGGGCCUCUUCAGUGGCUGGAUAAAGUCCUUACUCAGAUGGGCUCUCCUCUGAACCCCAUUUCUUCUGUUUCAUAGUGCAGAAGUAUUCUUUUCAACUAUAUUUUUACUGGACUUGUUUUAAUUUUAGAAGAAUUUCCAGUACAGAUGCUGUGAGCUGACAUGGAAAAACAGAUAUUAUUGCUUAUUUUUUCUACAUAAUUGUGACCAACACAUUUGUAUUUUGUGAUGAAUUUACAUUUGUUUGUAUUCAUGUUCAUUGUAACUUUCAAAAGUAUUGUAAACAAUGUAGAGUAUUUUGCCCCCAUUGAGAAGUUUGGCAUUGAUGUUAAACUGGAACAUACUUUUGUUUAUUGUCCCAACUGUUUUUUACAAGGCAGUGCACCACAUAAUGAAGAUUUUCCUGGAAGAGGGCAUGGCAUGUGGAAAGUCCUAGGUGAUGAGUUUCUAGUCAGGUCUUUGUCCUGCCACCUUUGAAAAAGCAUAGUACAUUGUUUUGCAAAGACAUGGUAGGAGCUUAAAGGAAACUAUUGAAUCUAUUUGAAGGAUACUGUGCACUCCUGAUGUGUUUGGUGAAAGCAAGGUGGUGGAUCUCUAGAUGUCAUAAUUGACAUUUAGUGGAGCUGGUGUUUGUCAGUGUAAUGUGACUCUGUGCUAUAUAUCGUUUGUAAAACAUUUCCUUUAAAAUGCCUAGUAUCUGUCAUUUACUCAAGUUUGUCAUAAGUUUUAUUGAACAGUUCAGUGUGUACAUGGCCUUGUUCAGCUGUGUUUGCUGCUUUGGGCCAGUGUUUCAAGAACUCUAAUUUUAAUGUGCAUUAACCUUUUCAUUUUGCACUUUUAUGGGUGACAGUUUUAGUGUGACCUGCGCUAGAACAGUCAGGUGACCUGAUCUUAGCUCUUCCCUUUACUUCCUUGGCACUCCUUUGUAUCAGCACUGCCAUUUAGAGAUUCCAGUUGUGCGAUGUGAUGCUUUCCCUAGCUUUUAUCUUUUAAUCCAAUGUAUGAAGUUGUUAUUCUAUAGCUCCAACUAAGGUGCCUGUUAAUUCCAUACAGUUUUAUGGGUGUUAUUAAUGUUGAAAGAUCAUAUACUUAAUCCUAUUGCUCUUACACCAGACUUUCCAUACACGAACCUAUGCAGUGUGGCCAUCAGGCUCUUUGAGUGGGUCCUGAGGAUGAGACUCCUGGUGUGCUGGUGACCGAGUCAUCAGUGGGGGUUGGGAUAGCGCAUUUGUAACGUCAUGUAACAAAGCAUGUAGACUUGUCUCUCUCAGCAUCAAUGCUUUGCCUUUUUCUUUUAUUCUUUUAGAGCUUACCUUGAUGCUAGUCUCCCAGAACACCAUCUUGGAUGUCAAUGCUCUAAGACACCCAUUUAGUUCACUGUGCCUUUGGCCUUAGGGAACAAUCAGAAGGACAGUUUUGGCCUGAGAAUGAAGACACUACUUUGAUAAAGAAAAAAAAAUGACCUAAUUUCCCUAUCAGAACGAGAAGCUUGAUUUCCUGGUGCCACUUUAUUCUGCUGCUGAAAAUGUUAUUUUGGUUUGACUUUUUAUAAUGCCCUUCCUGCCGUUAUGGGGAAAACAGCUUUUUGGGGGGUGGGGGUGGGGGAGGCAUGAGUCCCCUUGUUUUCUGUGUCAUUAUUUAUUGCCUUUCAGAGUGUAGCCAUUGGGUGGCUUCAUUCCUUCCAAGAAGUGCUUUGCUGGGCCUUCAGUAGCUUGAGCCUUCAUGGCGCAGUCUUUAGAGCAAGUUUGCAGGUUUCAAGUUGAAUGCCAGGUACCCGUCAAGUGAGCUCUGCUGAAGUCUGGAAACAAGUGCCUUGCUAGUUCCUUUGUUCAACAGUGAGUUGGUUAUGUUGUUUGUCCACAGUCAUGUCACAGCCCUCCGGUUGCAGGGUUCUGUGUGAAUGGUAGGACUGAAGCUCUUAGCUGUCCAGAGUUUCAUGGAGAAGUCCAAACCUAUUUCCUAAAAGUUGUCAACAUCACAUCUGUGUCUGUAAAUGAAAAGUGCAGUCUGUCUGCCUGCUCCUGUAAUGUCUAAGGACAUACUUACGUCUGUGGGUAGGAAAAAAAGUGCGCAAAGCAAGUGCAGAACUCUGGCCUGCAAGAAGCCGUUCAGAAGGGUGUGGCUGCUUGGCAUUUGUGAGGAAUGCUUGUCCUCAGACCCAGAGCAGCAGCCUUACGUCUCUCUGUGAUGAGUCUCCUGCAGCCCGGACUGGCAUUGACCCUGCUAACUUGCUGAAGGUGGCCUUGAGCUUCUGGUCCUUCUGUGUCUACCUCUCAAAUGCUGGGAUGACAGAUGGCCACUUUUGUACCCGUCUCUGUGGUGUUGAGGAUCAGACUCAGGACUUUAUGCAUGCUAGGCGAGUGCUCUACCAACUGAGUGACAUCUCGAGUUCAGUGGCCACAUUUUUAGUGUGCAAAAUAUAUUAAUAUAUGCCAGAUAAAAUGACAGAUUUGCAAACAAUGGAAAUUGCCAUCAGUUUGGUGAAUUCUACAAAUAGUAGAAUCAAAACUCAGUCAUGGAAUACAGCAACAAGAUGCAUGUAGGAAAAGCAUGGCCUGAGGAGGCCGUUUGACUUGUCCGUCUGCAGGAUUAGCAUGACGGCCUGGUUGUUGUUACCAAACUAAACUGAGGAGACCAUUUGACUGGUUCAUCUGCAGGGUAGCAUGAUGGCCUGGUUGUUGUUACCAAACUAAACUUACGGCCUCUAAGUAGUAGGCAUGCUGUUGGCCAUCCAGAAUGACUACUCUGCUUUAGAGAAAGCUGUAGGAAGAAGUCAGUUUUAAAAUCACAAACAAAUAGAACAGAAUAGGAAUCUUUUUCUGUGUUGUUUCAUGGUUGCUUGUAUAUAAAAAGUGGUCGUGGAAGUAUCUGGAUUGCCAGCGUGAGACCAGUAUUAAGAUUGCUAAAUACACACUUGAGCCAGCUACACUAAUAAUGCAGGUAGGGAAUGUGCCGGUGUUAACGUGUGGACACCCUUGGGGGUGUAAGUGGCGGUGACAUUGCCAUACGAGAUGUACUGUCGAAGUGAACACUGGGACUGCCAGUGACACCUCAUGAAACCGAGUCGGGGGUGUGAUGUGCCCGUGUUGCCGAGAGCACCGCGGUGGCGCAGGCCCGGUCCUCGUGCCUUUCCUAGCCAUUUCCCUGGAGCACUUGGAUCGUCUUCCUUUUCUCACUUCAAGUUUUGUCUCCUUUUGAUACCUGAAGAUGAAAUAUUCUUAAAAAUUACUGGUUUUUAAAGAUUUAUUUCCUUGGGUUUUUGUUGUUUUGAGACAUAGUUUCUCUAUAUAGCCCUGGCUAACAUGGAAAUUACUGUGUAGGCUAACCUCAAACUUGAAGUAAUUCUCUUGCCUCUGCAGUUCUGGGGUUACAGGCACAUGGCUCGGUACAGUGACCUCUGAUGGUUUUUAGAGUUCAGCCUCAGGUGAUGGUGCGCAUUUAGACCUAUUAUCUUUAAAGUGCUCUGAACCCCUUCUUUGUCUACCAGGUAAAUCCUUUGCUGUGUGGGGUCUUAGUAAAAAUGUAUGUUCUCAGUAUCACACAGCUAAAUAACCAGGCAGCUUUUAAUGUAGGUGACUUGUGGUUUUAGAAGCGUUUCUUGAUCUUAGGGGAGGGGAUUUUCCUAAGCGGUGGUUUGUAGGGACUCCGAUACUAAGGAGAAUAACCUCUUGAAGGUAAUCUCCGGUGCGUGGCUGUUUCCUCACAGUGGUAGGGGUUUCUCCUUUGGAAUGUGCCAGUUCUUAGAAGUUUUGUUUAAUAAGAUGCAUGUAUAGGAAGUGAGCAUUGAAGGCAUUUGUUCUACACUAACAGUUUUCUGUCUGCUGGACGGACACUUGAACAGUUCUGUAGACUGUUGGGCUGCAGUGAAGUGUGUGCUGAUAAUGGCCAGCAGUGGUUAGCAGUGGCCUCAGUGGUGGAGCACUUCCCUGGCAAGCUAAAGCCCUGUGUUUAGUCCCCAGCACUGCAUAAACCAAACCAAACAGCUCUUAGAUGCACCAGUACUGUAACUGAAGCGACUACCCACAACUGGAUGGUGUCAGAACCAAGGACAACAGUCUUAGCGACAUCCUAAAAAGUGAGAAUCCAUGUUAGAACACUUAGCCGGUGACGGUUGCUGCUCAAUGAUGACCUCGUCCCCUGCCAGGAUCCAGUGCUGGAGCAUUGGACCUCAGAAGAGGAGUUUGUGUCCUUGUCCAAGUGAAAAUCAGCAUAAACAGCUACCAUUUAAGGAUUUGUUUGAAGUGCUCUUCUUAAAAAUCCCCUAAUUUUCUGUGCAGAUGGGACACCUGCUGGCUCCCGCCCCGCUGUGGGUCCUGUUUGUUACUGUGAACUGGUGUUAGCCAUAACUGUGCCCCAGUUAGGCCAAAGAGUCGGUCCUAAGUUCUUUUGAAAGAAGGUUUUUUAGAGUCGGCUGUCCUCUUCUGAUGCCAUUGGCGGUGCUGCUGCUUUGGCAUUCUAUGGAGCUACAGUAUGGGGAUCGUAAGUAAUGAUUGUUGGGCCGUGGCACUUUAGUAUGCCUGGUUAAAGUUGCAAUCUGAGUUCACUUACUUAAAUUUGGGUAGGGAUAUAGUCAUGGAGAACGAAUAGCUGGUGUGUCCCUGCCUUUUCCAAGGAAGACCUCUCCCAUGUGGAUGGUGGAGAGCAAGAGCCGACAGCUGCACUGUGGUCUGCUUGCCUGCAUUGGGCCUGCUUCCCUUCAUGUCACAGGAGAUGAAACUAGCAGCAUGCUUCAACUCCGCUCCUUUUUGAUACUUACAAAAAUGUAUUAGGUUUUACUAUAUUGUGCUUCUCAAAGCCAUAACUAUUAAGCAAUUUGUUUUGCAUAUUGUUUGCUAAUACUUUAUUUUAAUAAACCUCAAAAUGUG